AUGGGCGACGCGGCGGAGAUUGGUGCGCUGCUGGAACAGCUUGGUCUCGACAGCUUGGAUUUGCAGGAGGCGUUCAACCCAGGGGAGUUCGCCAAGGGAGCUCCAAAGUUCAACCUGAAGCCAGGAGUAGCGAUGGAUCUCAGCACGGGAAGGGACUUCCGGCUCGAGGAGCAGCGGAAGCGAGCGAGAGCGGAGAUUGAGGAGGGAGACCUUGCCUUCCUCAUCAUGUCUCCUGUAUGCACCCCGUUCUCACAGCUGAUGGAGUUGCUGAAGGCGAGCGGCAAGCGCGACGAGGUCAAGUUUCAGAGGCUGCUCGCGGAGUGCAAGGUCUUCCUGGGCUUCUGUAUGGAGCUGGCGGCCUACCAGCAUUCGAGGGGGAAGUGGUUCCUGUUCGAGCACCCUUGGACGGCGUCAAGCUGGAAAGAGGAGUGCACCAAGAGCAUCAGGGAGCUGCCCGGCGUCAUAGGCAUCGUGGCGAAGCCGACGGGCUGGAUGACGAAUAGCCGCGAGGUGGCGAAGCAGGUGGGGAUCGUGUGUGACGGCUCCCACGAGCAUGUGCACCUCCUGGAGAGAAGGGCAAAGGCCGCUGAGAGGUACCCCUUAGGGCUGGUGAAGGCAAUCCUGAAGGGCAUCAGGAACGAGUUGAAGAUCGGUAAAGGGGUCCAUGCGUUCGAGGUUGGCCAGACCGCGGAGGAGCCAGACAUCCUGGACCAGGCGACCGAGGAGGAGAUGGCGACCUUCUACGACGGGAUCAGCGGUGCGGUGCUGGACCCGAUAGGCGUCAAGAACGCACGCAUGGACGAGGUGGGCUACAUGAGCAGGCUCGGAGUGUUUGAGAGGAGAAGGAUUUCCGAGGCGCUGCAAGUCUACGCGGACAGUGAUUUCGCAGGCUGCAUGAGGACACGUAAGUCUACUUCAUCGUGUACGGUGAUGGUUGGGAAGCAUUGGAUUAGAAACAGUUCGACAACCCAAGGGUUCAAUGCUCUAUCUACGGGAGAAGCGGAGUUCCAUGCGCUGGUGAACGGCGGCAGUAUCGGGCUCGGCCUCAAGACUCUCGCAAAGGACAUGGGUGUAGAUCUCGAGAUCGUGCUGAAGUGCGACGCGUCGGCGGGCAAGGGCAUCGCUGAACGUCGUGGAGUCGGACGAGUUCGACACCUUCAUACACCUCUGCUGUGGCUGCAGAGGGCUGUGCAGCAGAAAAAGCUGCGUGUCACCAAGAUAGCAGGUCUCGAGAACAUCAGUGACAUCGGUACGAAGCACCUGGACGGGCCCCUGAUUAAGAAGCUCCUGGCGAUGAUGGGGUUCGUGGCGAGUGCAGGUCGGGGCCGACUGGCCCUGCGGGCAGCGCUGGAUGGAUGA